CAGCCGUGUUCUGCGAAGCGUUCAUGCGCAUAAUACAUUCAUUGCUCUCAUCAUGGUGCUAAGUCCGAGAGAAUCCGGCAAGUUCAUCGCCUCGUCGGCGCGGGACGUGUUCAUCGAGAACGAAAAUGUGAAGCGACUGGCGCUUCAGGUCGUCGAAGCGAUAGCAAAUGACAGUUUCAGCCUAAACAAUUUCUUGCAAUGCGCGUUUCAUCCUAAACACGAUGAACCCUUGGCGGUGGACUGGAUAUUCGUCUUGGACACGUUGAAUUUUUCAUUCUGGACUGCGACCGGCGCUAAGAAAUGGACUGUAAACGGAUGUACUGGCUACUUCGCUCUGUGCGCUGCUGUCAAGAGAGCCAUCGAGGAAGGAAAGCCUAUAUUGGAUCCUGCGUAUUACUCGAAAAUAACACUGAGCGAUGCCGAAACCAUUUUCCGAGGUGACAAUGAGGUGAAAAUACCACUUAUGCAAGAAAGGCUUCAAGUUUUGCACGAAGCUGGAAAUGUUUUGUUGAGCAAAUAUCAAGGUACGUUUCAAACAUGUAUCAAGUCGUGCAAAGGAUCGGCGAUAAAGUUGCUCGACCUGAUCGUCAACGAAUUCAAUGCUUAUCGAGACGAAGCCGAUUACGAAGGACAGAGAGUUAGCCUCUACAAAAGGGCUCAGAUACUCAUAGGCGACAUAUGGUCUUGUUUCCAAGGAUGUGGAAUCGGCGAAUUCCACGAUAUAAACUCUAUUACAAUGUUCGCCGAUUAUCGCAUCCCUCAGGUUUUCUUAUACUUCAAGGCUUUUCGCUAUAGCGACUCGCUCAUGAAGAAGCUUCAGUCCGACGAGCCGUUGGAGAGCGGGAGCAGAGAAGAAGUGGAGAUUCGCGGCUGCUCGAUCGAGCUGGUCGAGAGAUUAUGCGCCGAGGUGCGAAAAAUAAUCGAGGAUCCGAAGACGUCCCUGAAAAGCCCAGAAGCCCAAAACACCGCGAAGCACGUCAAUGCCGUUCUGAUCGACCAAUUCUUGUGGGACUAUCGGCGACAGCACGCUGAGAGUAUCGAUGAACAAUGCAUACCAUUUCACAAAACAAGAUGUAUAUACUAUUAAAGCGCUGCAUGUCGCGCGCGCUGUGAGUCUCCGAGUGAUCCAUUGGUGGUUAGAAUAACCUUCUUUUUCCGACGGAUGCCCACCGCGUCCUAAUAUGAAAAUAAUUGAAAUUAUUGAAAAUAUUUUUAAAAUGUUUUAAAUAAUAUGUAAUAAUGCUUAAAAUAUUU